UGUCGACCAAUAACUAUACUUCACAAACAGCACUGGUCGCUUGGCAUUUUGCUACAGUGGGAACACCUUUACUUGUGAUAGUACAGUUUUCUUGGAAGUACGGGUCUGAAGUGGAGAAAUGGCAGGACUUAGGAAGGCUAAAAAGUUUGACUGGAAGGACUCAAAUUUGGCGCUGUUCGGUUCUGACACGGAGAAAAAUGUUAAGAAAAGUUCUGCAAUGACAGAGAAAGCCUGGAAAGGGUGUGGACAGAAAGUCGGCAUAAAGAUCUGGAGAAUUGUCAACUUUAAGGUAGUAGACUGGCCUGUGGAAGAUUAUGGGAAAUUUUUUGAAGGAGACUCGUACGUCAUUCUUCACACUUACAAAAAGGAUCCAAGUAGUGAGGAGCUUGACUAUGAUGUCCACUUUUGGAUCGGCAAGUAUUCAACUCAGGAUGAGUAUGGCACAGCUGCAUACAAGACAGUUGAACUUGAUACCUUUUUGGAUGAUAAACCUGUCCAGCAUCGUGAGGUAAUGGAUUACGAGUCUGAACGAUUUAGGUCUUACUUCAAGGCUAUUUCCAAGAUGAAGGGAGGGUAAGUGAAAUGCAGUUAGGAUGAUAGACCUUUUCAAAGUCCUUCGAGGUUGUAGGUAAUCCUGCCACAAAGGACUUUUAGCACCUGUCAAUUUUCCUCUGUGCCAUUUGUCCAAUAACUAGCAUGAAUUUUAAGUGAAUC